AUGGCUUCGACGUCGAUGCCCUUGCCGGAUUUCAUACCUCUGGAUGACGGUGUCUCUCAUCGUGCUCCUCCAAAGCACAAACUACCAGACAAGCCCGCCACGGAAACAGCUAGGAAGAAGAGACGGCGAACGUCGGCUGAACCGGGAUCCUUUGACGACCACUCUCACACGCCAUGGAUCGACGCUCUGGGAAUCACCGAAUACGAAAGCAAGGAACAGAGGUUACACGAUGAGAUUGUGGCAUUCGUGAAAUAUGUAGACCCAACACCCCAAGAAACCUCGGCUCGUAAACUGGUCAUUGGGCGAAUCUCCGAAAUCGUCAGGGAACGCUUUCGUAACAGCCGAGUCGAAGUCUUCGGUAGCAUCGCUCAGAAUCUUUGUCUUCCUGACAGCAUACCAGGCGAUAAGAAGGAAGCUAACCGGGCCCUCUUUCAGCUUCGAAAUCGCUUCAAGGAUGCUGGGAUAUCCGAAGAUGCUUUCGUAGUGUCGAGAGCACGGGUGCCCAUCAUCAAUAUGUCCACUACGCCGGCAUUUGGUAGGUCGUGCAAGAUAGAUUUAAGUGUCAAUAAUAAUACAGGCCUGCACGUAAUUGAGGUCCUCAAGGGAUAUCUCGAGAAGAUGCCCGCUCUUCGACCUUUGAUUCUUGUCUUGAAGGGAUUUUUGACACAGCGUAAGCUGAACUCAGCGGCGGACGCGGGGCUUGGGAGCUUCGCAUUAAUAAGCAUGAUCAUAAGUUUCCUGCAAUUGAACCCGAGCAAGCUACCUCGCGAUAUCAUAGACCAGCCAAUACAGAAUGAAUCGCUGGGUCGGCUCCUCCUCGACUUUUUCUAUUACUAUGGAUACACGUUCCCCUACAGAACGUCAUAUAUAUCUGUCACUGACGCAAAGUUGGACCUCAAGGAAACCAAAGGCUGGUUCCGUACAGAAUCACCAGAGGCGCUAUCCAUACAGUCGAUGAUUGACCCAGACAGGGACAUUGGCUCAGGAACGACCCGCAUUGAGGCCAUUCGCGUUGCAUUCAGACAGGCUUUCAACACAUUGAACAACUUUCCCUUUACAAUUAGUUCUGCGAACGUCCUUGGCAAUGUUCUCGGCUUCUCAGGAAAAACGAUUGCGCAACGGGAACAUCUCCGUCAGAUGAUUGACAGUGGUGCCUUGCAACGGGCCAUCAAGCCUCCGAAUGCAAGUAGGUCGCGAUACCCUCCUCGGGGCUCAAGAGGCAGAUCUCCCGCAUAUGCCCCACGGGACUAUCUCGCUCCUCCGCCGCAAGCUGAUUAUGGCCACCGCCCAUACUAUGGGCCCCCAUCCCCUGCUUACGAUGACUACUACCGUUAUCCUCCGCCUCAGUACGGCCCGGAACUGCCGCCUCACCCGUACGGCGACUACGGAUAUAAUUCCAGGCCUUCACAUACUGUUUCCAGAGAUGACUAUCGCCGCAACAGACGCCAACGAUAAUGAGCUACCUAUCAAUCAUUCGAUGCAUGGAGUCUUAGCACUUGUAGCAUAUCAUCGAUUUGUUUUUAUAAUGGC